ACUGUGCACGUGUUUGUGGGUUCACUCGUGUAUCGCAUUGCGAACUUCGAAAGUUAAAUUUAUAAAUAAUGGAAAAAUAAUAAAGUUUGUAUGUAUUUAAAGUGACUUGUGAGGAUUAUUUUAGAGGGUUUGUGUGUUUGUGAAUGGUUUUUGUGUGUUUUGUGUAAAAUAGAAUUAACAGUGGUUUUAAUUGGAUUUAAAUCAGACAAUGCAUUUAAAACUGGCCCUGCAAACGUACAAUGAGUGGAUGAGGCAUGGCUAGUAAGGGGAUACAAGGAGUAGAAAUGCAUUGUGACAUCAGCUACCGGUGGAAGAUCAGUCUCCUUGUCAUCGUUGUGACUCUGAUGGGUUUCUUCGAGGAGAGUUAUGGCACCGCGCAUUAUGGAGAAGACAGCGUCGGUUCAUUUCCCUACUUCGAGUACAACGUGCCGAGAAAUGUCACAACAGUGGUGGGGCAAACUGCUUUUCUGCAUUGUAGAGUGGAGCAACUUGGGGAUAAAGCUGUAUCCUGGAUACGAAAACGUGAUCUUCAUAUUCUUACUGCGGGAAUUUUGACAUACACUUCAGACCAACGGUUUCAGGUUAUUCGACCAGAUAAAUCUGAAAAUUGGACAUUGCAAGUGAAGUUUCCGCAGGAACGGGAUGCCGGUAUCUACGAAUGUCAAGUGAAUACCGAACCCAAAAUGUCGCUGGCGUUCCAGCUAAAUGUAGUAGAAGCCAAGGCGAAAGUCCUAGGACCUGCCGACCUGUAUGUAAAGACUGGCAGUUCUUUGGCUCUCACGUGUGUUCUGAGUCAAGGUCCUCAUGAUCUUGGCACCAUAUUUUGGUAUAAGGGAUCAAAACUAAUAGAAUAUAAAGAAGUAGAAGAGAAUGAGAUAGUAGCAGAGCAGAGGUUGCGACUGAAGACAGAGUGGACCGAGCAGUUAACAUCGAGACUGACGAUUCAGAGGGUUGUGCCGACUGACAGCGGUAACUAUAGCUGCGUGCCAACAAUGGCGGAAGCAGCUUCUGUCAACGUACAUGUCAUUAAUGGUGAACAUCCAGCUGCGAUGCAACAUGGAAACGCCAAUACAGCGUCACCUUGUGCGUUGUCAGUCAAUCUCCUUAUAUCGCUAUACUGCACCUUAGCUACUCUAUAUACCAGCACAACUGACAGCAUCAGGUGAAAAUUACAAUGAUCUUCGCGUGAAGAAUUUGUAAAACUUUUUGUAAAUUUAAAUGUAAUAAGUGAGAAUACUUAGAUAGUUCUGUCUAAUAUUAGUAUUAGAUUCUUUAUUCUGAUUUUCAUUCGAUUCUCAGAUUUAAUUUAAACUGAUCCUUUGCGUUUAGGAUCGAUACGAUAUUUAUUACGACUGUUAGUAUGUAAAUACUAGUAGUACUUGUAGUGUUCAAAUUUAAAUUCAAAUUAUUUUAAUCAAAGUAGGAUGUUAUAUCACUUAUUGAAAAUCAAAAACUACCACCCAUUUCAAAAAGUAUGCCUCAGACCAGAGAAGAAAUGGCGCAACAAACUCAGCGGGCUUUUUUUUGAUAAGAAAUGUGGUUACAUAGUAAUAUCGUACAAUUAAACUUAUUAUUUAAUUAAUAGCCUGAAGGCGGUCGUUCCAUUUCCAAUCUGUGGGAACACUAAGAUUCAUUCAAAAUAAUGAAAUCUAUGAACAUCGAGAGAUUAAUAUUGAACUUAAUAGUAGAAACAGUAAAUUACUUUUUAAAAAAAAUUUAAACAUGAAAAGAAAUGAAAGGCGUUUAGCUGUGUAUUACACAAUGCUGAAAUUUAAAAUUAUAAUUUAAACUUAAUUUUAACAUCGGAAGCCCAAAAGUGUUUUCUUAUUGGAUUCUUCAAAUUAACUUCUCUAAUUAACUUUGAAAUUUUACCAAUAAUGAUUAAUUACCAUUUGUGAAAUUCGAAGCUUAUUGGUAAACUUCAUACAGAACUUUCUGGAGCAUGAUAAAGUAUUAUUACUUCUUAAAGGGAAAUUAAUAAUAAACUCUUUACGGUAGUCUUAAAAUUUUAUUGUUUUUCGUAAAUUAUUCAACGGGUUGCGAACUUGUUAUAAACUGGACUUUAUUUCAUUGUUUAUGUGUAAGAUAAGAUUACUUGCAGGUCGUUUAAUAAAUCACAGAUUGAAAUUUGUUGAAAGGAUAUAUUUUUUAAAUUCCAGGAAUCCAAUGACUAAAAAUUUUAUCUUAUGUUAUAUUAUGUAAUUAUUUUUCUAAAUCAGGGCGAAGAAUUUUAAGGUUUACUAGAACUAAAUAGAAAGUAUUGUAAGAUUAAGGAUUGGUCUCCGCUGCGCUCUAAUCAGAUACCGUACUACCUUAGAACAAUAGCUUUUUUAUUACGGAAACUAUUAGAUGCUUGUGUGCGUGGUAUCUUGACACACAAUGGCAUCUUUCAAAUCUUGUAACAUACGCUUCGUGUUACUUUACAUUGAAAUUAAAAAUUCCAUAAAAAUGAUCCCAGUGUCUUUCUGAUUUCUAGUAGUAUUAUUUUUACAAAGUUUUACUACGCAACCCGGCAUUUAAGUUCCAAUUAUUAGCAAAGUUUAACACAACAUGGGGCACUUCAAUGUCACACAUUAUUUGAGACUGGCUCGAGUACGCCCAUAUUAGUUGCCAAACUUUGCGACCACGCCUGCGGUAUCUAGUUGAAGCGCAGCGGAGACCAAUUCUUAAUCUUAGCUCGACCGCUUAGCUUUAAUGAUGUCAAAAUGUAUUUUUGCAUCCGUGCAGUCUCGAUUAUCUUAAUUUCACUUUUUUAGUAAACUUCAGCUAUUUUGUGAUUGGAUAAAUUACUAUACAGGCCUUUACUUAUUUCAUUACUCAUCAAAAUGUUUAAUUUAUGAAAGCCGUAUGCAUUAAUGAUAAAAUUAUGUGUAUAUUACUAUAAGAUUAAAACAAUAAGCAUUGCUAUUAUAUGUUUAGUCAUAACAGCUAUUACAAUAAAAACAAAAGCAUAAUAAAUUUGGAACCUCUAUUCUUAAAUGAAUACUCACUGAGUUUUUUGACAAGAAAAGAAGACAAAAAGCUCUGGCCUUUCACGCAGUAACAAGGCGAUCCAAGCAGUUAAGUAAAAUGGAAAGAAUAGCUGUCCAAAAGGAAAAGAUUUUAUCUAUGGAAAUGGCUAUAGUACCUGGUACAAUGAUGCGUAUUUUAAAAAAAUACUCAGGAUUUGGAGCUUGAUAGAGGCGCGGCUGUUCAUCCGAGUUCAAUACUGACCGUCGUCUAGUUCUAGUUUAAGGCCACUGUACAAUGAUAUACGGUUAGUUUUAUAUAAGAUAACAUGCUCUUAUCGCCAUGGUAAUUUUUAAAUACCUAAAACAAUCCAAAAGGAGCUUGCUUUGGAGUCGAGACUACAUUUCAAAGUUAGUACUCUGAAUGUUAUAUAGGCUAAUAGGAAAUCGUAUCUGGCAGUAAUCACUACAUAUUAUAAAACAAAGUCUUCCACCGCAUCUGUUUGUCUGUUCGCGAUAAACUCAAAAACUACUGCACCGAUUUUCAUGCUGUUUCCACCAAUAUUAUUAUUUAUUUAUUACAGCUUUGGCAUUACAUGACUAAAAAAAAAAUAAUGGUCCCACAAAACCAUCUUGAUGGUUUGUCUGUGGGAUCAGUGCAAUCUUAAUUAUAACAUUUAGUAACUUAAAUAGAUGUAAAGUUAUGGAGUUUUUUAUAAACGUGGAGGUGAAAAUUUUUAAACAAUAUUAUUAAACAUAACUAGAUGAUAGAAUAUAAUAUGUCCAGAUUGUUAUUAAAAUGAUUUUAACAUAUUUGUUAACUUUAUUUUAGUAGGUUCCUGUCUUAUAUCUGCUGGUAAAAUAUGUAUUUAAUAUAUGUGGGAUUCUCUUUUUUAAUGUUCUAUCUCCGUAAUUCUUAACUCUAGGUACUUCAUAUUUACCAUCAGAUGUGACCUUGUCUGGUGAGCAUGAUAUACCAUACCAGGUUAGGACCAUAAUAGAUAGCCUCGUUCUCGGAGAAGGUUUUAGUACAUAAUUUGUGAAGUGUUUGUCGACUUUUGUGUAUACAUUUACAAUAUUUGUUGGAGAUGACGGACAAAAAUAAGCCGUCUGGGAGCUUUGGAAGAAAAUACAGUCCAAACCCAUUGGCAAAUUGGGAAAUAUAACGCGGUAAUAUAAAAGUUUUUUACAAAAAAUAUAUGAUAUGAAUCCUUAUUAUUUUAAAUCAUUCAGAAAUAAGUUUUUGUUUAAUUUUUAACUCAUUAACUUUGAAUGCAUAUUUCCCAUGGCUUUAGACCACAUUAUUCCCGAAUACUUACUAAUUUUUUUUCUAUGAACAGAACAGCGUCUAUAGGGUCAACUAGUUGGUAUAUAAAAUGUAUAAUUGUAACACACUGUGAUUUACAAUGUUAUAGUGACAAUUUUGUAAAUUAGAUUUAAAAAAAUCUGUUACACCUGAUUUUAAGACAAGCUUUGUCUAUAUUAGUCUUAAUUUGAAAUGACUUACGACUGUUUAGUGAUGUAAAGAUAUCUGUAAACUUUAAUGAUAUGUUACGUAGCACCAGUUUUACACUAUAGUUACAAUAUAUUGAAUUCACAUAGAGAGUAAACCUUGUAAUAUAGAUGUAAAUAAUAUUUGUAUAAAAUCUAUGUUAAAUUAAUUCAUUUUGUUAUCUUUUCUUGAUACUUACAAAAAAGGUUCUAUGAAUUAUGUAAUGUAAUAUACGGAUAGCAUAUAUUAUAGAUGUA